GCGGCGGCGGCGGUGCGGGGAGCUCAGAGGGAGCCCGCGUUUGGGCCCGGCAGCGGGAAGUGGGCGCUGGCUGGGGUGUUUUCCAGAGAGCAGUUCUUGGGCCAUCUUUGCCACAUUAACUCAAUCUGUCAGGAGACUGAAAGGCUUAUGAGGAGGUUCUGUCUCACAAAACAGUGUCUAUUGAAGACAACAAGGAAGAGGGAAAAAGAACGGAAAAAAAGAAGCUAAAACAUUUUAGCAAACCAUGAGAUCUAUUAGAUCUUUUGCUAAUGAUGAUCGCCAUGUUAUGGUGAAACAUUCAACAAUUUAUCCAUCUCCAGAAGAACUUGAAGCUGUCCAGAACAUGGUAUCCACUGUGGAAUGUGCUCUUAAACAUGUCUCAGAUUGGAUGGAUGAGAUGAGUAAAUCUGGGAAAACAGAGGGAGAUGUAGAUGUGAAAAAGGAUGAUGCUGGAGAAAACUCUGCCAAGGAUCAAGGUGGCCGAACACUCUGUGGUGUAAUGAGAAUUGGCCUAGUUGCAAAAGGCUUGUUGAUAAAAGAUGAUAUGGACCUUGAGCUGGUUCUGAUGUGCAAAGAUAAACCCACGGAAACUCUAUUACACACUGUCAAAGACAAUCUUCCUAUUCAAAUUCAGAAACUUACAGAAGAGAGAUAUGAAGUGGAGCAGUGUAUAAAAGAGGCAUCUAUUAUUAUCCGAAAUACAAAAGAGCCCACGUUAACGCUGAAGGUGAUACUUACUUCCCCUCUAAUUAGGGAUGAAUUGGAGAAGAAAGAUGGAGUAGAAAAUGUUUCGAUGAAAGACCCUCCGGACUUAUUGGACAGGCAGAAAUGCCUGAACGCCUUGGCGUCUCUCCGACAUGCCAAAUGGUUUCAGGCAAGGGCAAAUGGACUAAAAUCAUGUGUAAUUGUCCUCCGCAUUCUGCGUGAUUUGUGCAACAGAGUACCCACAUGGGCUCCAUUAAAAGGAUGGCCACUAGAGCUUAUAUGUGAAAAGUCUAUAGGUACCUGUAAUAGACCUUUGGGCGCUGGGGAGGCUUUGAGACGAGUAAUGGAGUGUUUGGCAUCUGGAAUACUUCUUCCUGGGGGGCCAGGUCUUCAUGAUCCCUGUGAGAGGGAUCCGACUGAUGCAUUGAGUUAUAUGACAAUUCAACAAAAAGAAGACAUUACACACAGUGCCCAGCAUGCACUCAGACUAUCAGCUUUUGGUCAGAUUUACAAAGUGCUGGAGAUGGAUCCUCUCCCAUCUAAUAAACCUUUCCAGAAAUAUUCCUGGUCUGUUACUGACAAAGAAGGUGCUGGUUCCUCAUCUCUGAAGAGACCUUUUGAAGAUGGAUUAGAUGAUAAAGAUCCCAAUAAAAAGAUGAAGCGAAACUUAAGGAAGAUUCUGGACAGUAAAGCAAUAGAUCUAAUGAAUGCCCUUAUGAGGCUCAACCAGAUCAGGCCUGGUCUCCAGUAUAAACUCUUAUCCCAGUCUGGCCCUGUUCAUGCGCCAGUCUUCACAAUGUCUGUAGAUGUGGAUGGCACAACAUAUGAAGCAUCAGGACCAUCUAAGAAAACCGCAAAACUUCAUGUAGCAGUGAAGGUUUUGCAAGCAAUGGGCUAUCCAACAGGCUUUGAUGCAGAUAUUGAAUGUAUGAGCUCCGAUGAAAAGUCAGAUAAUGAAGGCAAAAAUGAAACGGUGUCUUCAAACUCAAGCAAUAAUACUGGGAAUUCUACAACCGAAACCUCCAGUACCUUAGAGGUAAGAACUCAGGGCCCCAUCCUUACAGCAAGUGGUAAGAACCCUGUCAUGGAGCUCAAUGAGAAAAGAAGAGGUCUUAAAUAUGAACUCAUCUCUGAAACGGGUGGAAGCCAUGAUAAACGAUUUGUUAUGGAGGUAGAAGUAGAUGGACAGAAAUUCCGUGGUGCAGGUCCAAAUAAGAAGGUAGCAAAAGCCAGUGCAGCACUAGCUGCCCUGGAGAAGCUAUUUUCUGGACCCAAUGCAGCAAAUAAUAAGAAAAAGAAGAUUAUUCCUCAGGCCAAGGGUGUAGUAAAUACAGCUGUGUCGGCAGCUGUCCAGGCAGCUCGGGGGAGAGGAAGAGGAACCCUUGCAAGAGGAGCUUUUGUUGGCGCUGCAGCUGCCCCUGGUUACAUAGCUCCAGAUGAGGAAACUGAAUGAGUGAUGAAGAGAUUAGUCCAGGGCCACAAGCAGAAGACCUGAGUUUGCGCUCACAUUCUGAGUGCACUACAUUGUGCUGCCUGCAGACACACAAAAGAAGAAGACACUUGGGCCAUAGUCCACAAACUUCCUCUUCCUUCUUUUCAUCUCAGAACUCAAUCUCCACUCUCCUCCUUUUGCCUAGGCUCCAGUAAUGAGAUGACAUUCAUUUCCUUCCUCCCCUCCCUCCUCCUCUUGCAGUUCCCAUUUCCUCCCUCCCCGUCCCCCUCCUCUCGCUCUUCCCUUUUCCUCUCUUCCUUCUUCAGACCUCUCAGUACUUAAUGGUUCCUCCCUUACUGCCUUCAAACAUUCUCAGAUUUCCCCUCUUCCUUUAAAAACCUAUACUAGACCCUAUCAACCCCUCAUUCUGUGUCCUCCUCAUAAAAGCUGGCUGUACUUGUUGUCUUCACUUCUCUCCUACACCCACUCCUUAACCUUUCAUAUUCUGGCAUCUAAUCUCAUCACUCAACUGAAAUUACUCUCUUCUAAGUUAUCAGUGAUCACUAAGUUAUCAAAUACCAAAUUUGAUAGUUUUUUCUCAGUUAUCAUCUUUCUUGACCUAACUGUAUUCUGCAAUUGAAGCUGUUGCCUCCCUUCUUCUCUUGAAUACUCUUCUCUGGGUUUUCACCAUGGUGUUUUACUCUCUCUGGUUCUCUUCCCAUCUCUUCCCCCCCCCCCCCCCUUUCUUUUUUAGACCACAUCUCGUGUUUCUGUAUUGGAUUUUUUUUACAUCAUGACCCCUAAGGCUCUCUUAUUGGUCCUUCUUUCUCUAUACUCUUGGUGACUUCAUCAGUUCCCUUUGGAUUAAUAAUCAUCUCUAUGUGGAUGACUCGGAGAUCUGUGUAUCUAGCCCCAAAUGUCUUCCCCUGAGCUUCUGUCCUGCCUCAGUAAUUGCCUAUUGGUCGCUUCUAACUAUGUCCUGGAGACAUCUCAAAGUCACCAUGUCCAAAAUAUCAUUUUCUUUCUCUCAAAUCCCACUCUUCUUAACAGUUUACUUAUUUCUGUCAAAGGUAUCACUAUUCUUCUAGUCUCCCAGGUUCAUAACUUCAGCAUUAUGAUCAAUGUACUUUCCUUUAUCUCACAUAUCCCAUCAAAUACCAGGUUGUGCCAUUUCUAUAUCCCUCCCCUACUUAGAGCCUUUCCUUGUCACCUUUCACCUAAAUUAUUGCAGUGAUCACCUAAUUAGUUCUGCUGCUUUAGUUUCUCCUUACUCCAGUCUUUCCUCCACACUGCAACCAAAAGGAUUUUCCUAAAACCCAGGCCUGAUCACAUCAUGUUUCCUGCUCGUUCAAUUCCACUGCCUCCCUAUUACUCCUAGGAUCAAAUAUAAACUCCAUUGUUUAGUUUUUAAUGCCUUUUAUAGCCUGGUGGCCCCACAAACUGUCCAGCUUCAUUGGACACUACUACUCCUGCAGUCUAUGAUGCAACCACACUGGUCUUCUUUGUCUUCCUCACACAUACCAUUCCAUUUCCCAUCACCAUACCUUUGCACUGGCUUUCCCCCACACUUGGAAUACUCUCUCUUUAUUCCUGCUUCAUCUCAUUCCUCUCUUCCUUCUACACGCCUUCUACACGAAGCCUUUCCUGAAUCCCCUCAGCUGCUAGUGCCCUCACUCUCAAACUAUCUUGUAUUUAGCUGUGUUGUAUUUUAUGUUUAUUCUGCUUAUACUUUUCUGUGUACUUAUUUCCUUGAUUAGACUGUGCAUUCCUUGAGAAUAGGGACUGUUUCAUUCUUUGUAUUUGUAUCCCCAGCACAUACCUCGUACCACAGUGCCAUUCACAUAGCUGGCAAUCAAUAAAUGCUUAUUGAGUGAUA